AUGUACAGUACUCUAUUAUCCUAUGUGCCACUCGAGUUUGUGCUCACAGCUCCUAGUGAAGCCCUGAUUGGACGGCUUUAUGAACGUUAUCAUGAUGUUGACAAUAGGCUUGUUGCCCUGGAACUCAAACAGUUCGCGGUGGUCGAACCAGAGCCGGAUCAGCAUCACUCAUCGGUCACCUCGGGGCUAGUCUUCGGCGAGUCUUCCUUGACGACUCAGUCGCUUCAAGGAACAGAUAGUGCCCAGAUUGCAGCACAAUCUGCCCCAACAGGUGGUGAUCCGGCUGUGCAGCAUGCAUUUGAGCAUCUACGCAGGUCUCUCGAUGGCUCUCACGGCUUGUCUAGACAAAACUUCUAUUUUAGCAAGUCGGGUUCGCGUUCAACACUGCCGGUCGAGCGUCUUCCAGCUACGUUCGUGAACGCCGUCUUACAAAGAAUGAAAGUUCGUCGUCCGAUCUUUCUCACCUCGUAUGCCCUGAAUGACCUACUACUCUUUGAGGAUCUGUGCCAAAAAGUAUAUUCUCCAACAAGCCAGUCAUCAGCUGGUCAGAUCGCCAGCACACAUGGAGUCCUAAUCUUUGUUCUGAAAGAGUAUAUCGCAAUUAACGAUGAGCUCCGUGAGCGGUUCGACCUGGCCACCCACCUCGCUCAUUGCGAGGAGAUCUUCGUCGCUGCGCUUGAGGCCUACGAUGUCUUGCUUGUUCCCAGCUUUGAAAACAUCCUUGCGUUGACGAUGGGUAUGAUCAAGGCCCAAGGCGAAGCCAAACUCUCGCUCUACUGGACACUGGUCUCCGCCGCGGCAACCCAGUGCCAAUCCCUCGGGUACCAUCGCGAAGCGACCUACCGAAACAUCCCAUCGGGGCAGGCUGACAGCAUUCGCCGGCUGUUCUGGACUCUCUACACUUUUGACAAGAACAUCUCAUUGUUGCUAGGCCGCGUCUCCAGUAUGCAGGGUCUUGCCAUCGACACGCGAUAUCCUGCGAUUGCCACAGAGCGAGCGCUGCGACCGUGGGAUGAAUCAUUCGUCAUGGGGAUUCGGCUGGCGGAGCUGCAGAAUCGGGUAUUCACAGGGCUUUACUCUCCCGCGACGGCGGUCAUGGAUUCGACCCAACGAGCUCGGUUGAUCGAUGAUCUUGCGGCUGCGAUGGAGCAGUGGCGGGUGGAGUUUAAGCAGAUCAACCCAGACGCCGCCAACCACCCCCCAGUUUUCCACCUAUCCAGAGGCAACUGGGACAUUUCUUUUUAUUCAACGCUGACGCUGCUUUUCCGCGCGUCCUCAAGCACGGAGACAGGCCUGCACAUCGACUCGCGGUGCUUUACUGCAGCUCGAAAUAGCCUGCAGGCUCACCUCCAAUGCUUCCCGCAGUAUCAGGAAUCACGCCUGCUAUCGGACGGAGAGUAUAUCAACUGGUACGAUCCUCUUUUACUCAUCCUUCAACCCCUUCCUCGUCACCUUCACGCCAUCGCCGCCAAAGACCCAGACAGUGUUGCCCUACUGGCCCAGGUGGUCGACACGUUGAAGAACCUGCGCGACACGUCUUCCCAAGGCGCUGGCUCGCAGCGCCUGUACCAGAUCUGUGCUACGUUCGCCCAGCUCGCUCAGAAGCUAGUGGAGUCAGUGCCCUCUGUAUCCGUCGGGACAUACAACCAGGAGGAUGACUCGUUGCGAUUGUCAGAUGCCGGCGACCUCGCAGCAUUCCCCUUUCAGCCUAACACACUCCAGGAUUUGGUUGCAAUAGACGAUGUGAAUCGCGUUACCUCGACUUAUGCGACCGAUUUCCUGAACGAGUGGAUCACAGGGCAGCCUUUUCUGUGGAACCGAUUCGACUUCGAUUUUGGGGAAAAGCGAUUCUAG